AUGGAUUAUUUUUCUACAGUGUUAAUUUCUUUAACUCAUUUCUGCGAUAAACAUGGACCUCGAAUUAUAUGUGUGACUCAAUGUAGUAAUUCUGGUAUUACUUCUAAUAAUAACAUUGACGAAAGACAAUCAGAUAAUGUCACAUUUACAAGCAAUAAUCAAGAUAAUGAUGAGGAUAAAUCCGAGAUCAAAAGUAUACCAAAUUCAGUUAAGGAUGCCUUUAAUGUAACUGGGGGAGAAGAAUUGUUGGUACCUAAUUACCCAAUCGACUCAUACUGUGAUUCAUGUCUUCUAUGGUUCCCCCCAAAUCCAGCUUCAACUGAUAAUUCUGAACCAGAAAUCAAUGAUGCUAUCAGAUCCAUGAGGUCCAUUUUAAAUAACCAUGCUUUUGUCACUACACAAUAUUCGUCCAUAAGAUUCCAAAAGUUGAAUUCGAUAACAAGGAAAGUGUUUUCUGAAGAGACUAUGAUAUAUGAUUGUUCCCCAUUUGUUUUCUACGAUGAUAUUAGAGGUUUGAAUCUGUCCAUGGGCUUUAAAUUGUAUGAUGAAAAUGCAAGAGGUAAUGAAAGGAGGUAUUGUCUGAUUUUGACUAUUGAUCAACCAAAUAUUGAAUUUGCAAUGGAUCUUUUAUCACAAAACUGGAAUUUCAUUUUAUUAGGAUUUAAAAAAAUUAUAAAUCAUAUAAAAGAACUCCAUCAAAUUGCGAUAGACAGAUCAAAUAGAGAGAAGUUAUCAAAAAAUAAAUUAGGUAUUACUAACAGUAAUAACAACAAAAACAGUAAUAAUAAUAAUAAUAAUAAUAAUAAUAAUAAUAAUAAUAAUAAUAAUAAUAAUAAUAAUAAUAAUAAUAAUAAUAAUAAUAAUAAUAAUAAUCUUUUUAUAUCAAACUAUUUAAGAGCUAAUAAAACAAAGAUUGCUAAAAAUUUGAUAACUUUAACUAAUGAUAAGUCAAUUUUCAUUAAAAUACAUAAAUGGAAUGCAUAUCUUAUAAGCUCACUCAUAAAUAAAAAUCGCCUCAACUCAAUUAAUAAUAUUAACAUCGGUGUUGACAUUAAUAAUAAUAAUGGUAACAACUUAAUCCCUUAA